CAGGGUAUAUGUACGGCGUAUUAAUAGCCAAGUAUAGAGCGGUGGUGGGGCCGCGGUUGCUCCCGGGUGAAAAUAGAAAAGAAUGUUUUUGGAAUCCAAUUGGACUUGGUUGGCAGAACGAUGGGGCAAUAUGGCCGACUUGGCCGAGCGGGUGGACGAUCUGAUAUGCAGUUUCGACUCGACUGGUGAAACGACCAUGGAUACGCUAUCGAUGCUGAUAUUCGGCUGGAUGUUGUUCGGUCUGGUGGUGUUGUGCGUUGGCAAAUAUGUGUACAAUCGUUUCGUGCUGAACGAGCUCACCGCCGCCGCCGCUGCCACUGCCGCCGUCGCCUCAUCAUCAUCGUCGUCGUCGUCGUCGUCGCCGCAGCUCGGCAAGGAUGGUGGCCAUGAGAGUGUCGUGACGACGAGUACCACUGGUACCAUUGUUGGAAGACUGUUUAACAAGUCCAAAUUGGUAUCACCGUCGUCGUCGUCAUCGGUCGUUAGUAGGGCUGGUACCGGUGGUGCAGGUGGUGGCGCGGGUACCGUUAGUGUUGCCGGUGGCGGCGGUGGUACCGUUAGUGCUGCUGCUGUUGCUGCUGCUGCUGGCGGUGGUGCAGGGGGUGGUGGUGGUGGUGGUGGUGGUGGUGGUGGUGGUGGUACCAGUGCGGUAGCAGGUGCGAGAUCUCCGUCGCCAGGCUAUGUGCCUCCCACGCCGCCGAUCAGGAAACGAUUGACCCGGAAGACCUCCGGUGCUCUCAUCAGCCCGUCUCGAAGUUCCAGGGCACUGCAUCUUCCGACCGCGACUGGCGCGGAUGCCGAGGCUGUGCGUUGGGUUAACGAACUGAUCGUGUGGCUUCAUCACGAUCUCGUCAUCCUCAAUGAACUCUUGGCCACUUGGGUGGUUUCCCUUAACGAUUUUACCGUCGGUUCCACAGACGAGCAUGGAGUUGGUGUCGAAUUCGUUCGUGUACUUCCAGAGACUUAUCCGCCAACCUUGUCAAAUAUCUUCUGCGAAUGCGAUUCAAAGGAUGAUGUGACUAUCACAUGCGACUGUGAGGCUACUCCAGCUUUACAGCUGAAAGCAUUUCGGCAACGAGGGGAUAAGGUAGAUAUUAAUCACUAUCGAGUCAAUGUCAAUCGUUUCCGAGCUCGUCUCAACAUCGUCUGUAUCACCGAGAAGCUGCUGAUCGAUCUGAAAUGCGAUGGUUGGCCUGAGGUAAAGAUCUCUCUAGCAGCAGUGGGCACAAUAAAGAAAGACUUGGACGAAAGCCAGUUACAAGAAGUGGUAACGGAAAUUGUAGUGGGUGCCCUGCGAGGCAUCAAUGUUCAUCUCAAUCUUUCUCAAUAUCCCACGUGUCCUCGAUUAUGGAGAGAGCCGCCUCCUCAGCCAGGCUUUUCAUAUCCUACACAUUACGACAGUGUAAACACUUUGAAUUCAAUGAUACAUCAACCAUCGUCGCAUCAACGUCUUCAAGGACACCCCACAUCUUCGCCUGCUCCAAUGCAAUACGUACCUGGCGAGAGGCGUUUGCUCGUGAAGGUUGUAAGGGCUAUCGACCUCGGCGGUCAACAAGGAGCUGUGGAACCUUACUGCGUCGUGGAGUUGGAUGAACCGCCGCAAAAGAAUCAGACUUCUAUAAAGAAAGACACAAAAAAUCCGCUGUGGGAUGAGGCAUUUUUAUUACUGGCAGCAAAAAUCAAACAGAACCUGCUGACAGAAUCUGAUAGCAGAUUGCGAAAAAAUAUUUUUUCAGACUAUUUGACAAAUGGUAAUGUUGUGGAUUCACCAUACAAAAGCGGACAAACGAACGGUAAUAAGGGAACUUUGAUUGUACAUAGUCAGCAAAGGCAACCAGAGCGGCAGAUUGUCAAGGUCGCUCUGACGGAGACUGGAAACUGGCAAGAGGUAUCUCCGGAACAUGGAACAAAAGAUGUCAAUGCUAUCUCGGGACCAGAAAGCACGCCUAAUUCCUCCAAUUCAGAAGAGAGAGGCAGAGCACGAAGAAAACGACGUGAUUUCUUUGGAACCAUAAAGAAGCGACUGAGUCGAUCCAAAACGAGAAGUAGAUCAGUGGGUCCUGAAGGAGAGAUCAAUCACGAAGACGCUCAUUCGAGAUCCAUAUCCGCCGACAGAGCUCGCGACCCUGGAUCUGUUCAUCUAUCAGUACCAGAACAAUCGAGACGAUCGAGUUUGAGUGAAGCUUCGGGUAUAAGCGGAACAUCUACGAGAACAUACGUCAAUGAAGCUUCCACGCUCGUUCUCGAAACUUUGGAGAAUGGUAUAAAGAAACAUUACCUCGUACCACUUUCUCUCGCACAGAAAAGUAAAUGGAGGAAAAAAGGAACAAAGCUACACAUAUUUAACGAUCACACAUUUAUCGCCAAGCACAUGGCGGGAGGAACAAUUUGCGAAGUAUGUAAAAGAACUCUUGCACGAAGGCUCGGUAAGCAGGGUUACGAAUGUAGGGAUUGUCAGAUGAAGUGUCACAAACAUUGUCAUGUGAAAGUCGAUAUGACAUGUCCUACAUCCACUAUCCAAAGCAUCGAGUUGAUGUGCAUCAAGGUUCAGCCACUCGAACGAAAGCCUUCUAUGCUUCUAUGUUCACGAUAACGAUGUCGCGUUAUAUAUGCGAUACGUUAAAUUUCGAACAUGCGACUUAUUUUUUAACUUAAGACAACACAACGAUGAUUGUAAUCCAUUUCUAAAAGUUUCAUGCCUGUCACGUUUUAGUUCUUUCAUAUUCGAGACGAAAAGAUAACACUAUAGUUUACAAAAAAAUAUAUUUUCUUAAAUUAUUUUGAUCAGACAAGGUGUUUCUUAUAGAUUUUUGGAUACAUCGAAAACGAUGCCACACAUAAGCUAAAUUUCAUCAGCACGUCACAGGCUUCCAAAAUAAUCGAAAUAUAAUGUAUCAAAAAUGGCUUUUUUGCGACAUUUAACAUUUUUUUAAUAAAAGUGUAUUUCUUUAAAUUUCAAUACUUUAUUAGCCGCAUGUUAUGUAGAACUCAAAUACAGAGUUUUCUUAACUUUUUUUUUGCAAAAUGAUGUUAAAUAUCAUGAAAAAGUCAUUUUCGAAAAUGGCACAUCUACUCAUUAAAUGUCAAUUAAUUAUUUUAGAAAGCCGAUGUGCUGGAGAAAUUUGGUUUGCAACACUGCACGCGUUUUCAGGUUUUUUAUUUCAAAAUCUAUAAGAUAUACCUUGUCCAAAUUCUUUGCUGUAAAGUAGCAUAAUUCAAGUUACGUAUUCUUUAAUAUUUGACAAAUACAGAAGAUGAUUCGUUUGCAUUCAUAACGUAAAUGGAAUUAGAUCUGUUAUUAUAAUGCGAAAAUUUGUUAAAUUUAAUUUUAGGUACAAAUUAUGUUCCAUAAAUUAUGAACC